AAUUCCCCAGAACAAUCUACGGGUUGAUUCAACAAUCAAUCACUGUAAUAAACUAAUAAUAACCAAUAAACUUGUUACAUUCUUCAAUUCCUUUUACGUACAUAAGUAAAUAAGCAUGCUCAUCAAUGUCAUACAUGAUGUGAAGCUAGCUGGGCAUUAGUGUUGAGUUGAAAACUGUGCGUCACAUAAUAGAGACGCGCACACGCCGAUCACCACCAUAUCAACUGGAAUCGCCUUUUUCUUGAGAGCUUGUUGGAAUCGAAAAGUGAAAACCCAUCAUCAACAAUCAUGGCUUUCUUGGUGUAUUUACUGCUUCUCUCAAUCUCAGCCUUGAUUGGCCAGUCAAGUGCUCUUUAUUGUGUAUGCAAAGAUGGUGUGGGUGAUCAAGUGCUUCAGAAAAAUAUAGAUUAUGCUUGUGGAGCUGGAGCUGACUGUACUCCAAUUCUUCAAAAUGGAGCUUGUUAUAACCCUAACACUGUGAAAGAUCACUGUAACUGGGCUGUUAAUAGCUACUUUCAGAAAAGUGGUCAAACUCAGGGAAGCUGUGAUUUUGCAGGCACUGCCACAACAAGUGCUAACCCACCAUCUACUUCAUCUUCUUGCGUUUAUCCCUCAAGCAACACAGGCACCCCAACAACUGGUACACCAGGAACAUCUCCUUCCACCAUCUCACCACCAACCGGCACCGGAACAGGAACCGGUAUUGGAACCGGCACCGGCACCGGCACCGGCAAUGGGAGUCCUGUGUUUGGAAUUAGCCCAUCAGCAUCUACAUCACCAUUCAAUGAUGGUAGCAAUGGGGGAAAGAUUCUUGUGGAAGGCACUAAACUACUGAUUCCUCUUGUUUUUACCUUGUGGUUAUCUUUUCUCAGAUUCUAAAAGGUACAGUGCUUGCUGUUAUUGUAAGUUAGGAUUGAUGUUGUUGUUGUUGUUGUUGUUGUUGUUGUUGUUGUUAUUUUAUUUUAUUAUUAAAAGGAAAAUACUGGUGGGGUUUGAUUUGUGGAUGAGAUUUUGCCACUGCAGAGGAUGGGUAGUCAUGUAAAUUUAUUUUCUGAUUUGAGAGAGAAUCAUCCAGAAACAAUACCUCAAUUGGGUUUAGUUAGAAUUUGUUUGGUUUA